ACUAUUGGCUUGCAGCGCGUGCUGUCCGGCGUCGCCGCCCUCGAGCCCCGCACUGGCAACCAGGCCGCGACGGCCCUGCUGCCCUGCGCCAACAUGAACCAGCUGGAGAGCAUGAACCACAUGAACGCCUCCACAAAGUGCCUGCAGAUGCGCCUGCACCACACUUACGAACGCGAUGCGAAAAAAGACAUGGCCGUAUUCGGCGGAUACUACGUCACGGAAACAGGCGCCUACAUUGUCGGAGAGGCGCUGGUGUGGGGAGACGCUGACAAACGACGGCCCAUCCUUGACGCUUUGAAGAAAAAGUACAUCGACGGAACAGCCUGGGAGUUCAAGAAACUCAAUGCCACCAAGAAAAAAGAGGCAUUCCACUCCAGCCCGCACCCCUGCUUCUUCGCCUUGAACGACAAAGCCCUCCAGAGCAAGAAACUUGAGAAGAAGUUCGCCGAUGAGCUCCCGACCGAGAUCGAACCGCCGAUGACCACGACCGAAGCCAUGCAACUCUCCAAGAGCCAACUCGUCGAUCUCACCGCCUUCCUCAUCACGAAGGCCGGCCCGGUGAAGGCCAACGAUAAGUCAGUCCAAGAAUUACACAUUUGCGACACCCGUGGGGCCGUGCUGAAGUUCAACUUCUGGGCAGAGCACCAGGAGAAAGCCACCGACCUGAACGCCCAAGACACGUUGUACAUUUUCGGGGCCUACUUCACGAAGGACGCCGAUGACAAAGCACACCUCACUGCGACGGACACCACGAAGAUCUUCAAGGCUUCCGGCCAGCUGGAGCGCGCCAAAGCGUUCGCGGACACCAACUUCGAGGCCCUCGAGAAAACGACCCUCGGCCACGCCGGCUCCCGCAAGGACUUCACGCAGGGCCCCGCAACCGCGGCUGCCGUCGGCACGUUGGACCACCUCACUUUCUUCAAGACGCCGUUGCCCGACACGUUGUACGAACUCGCUGGGUGCUUGGUGCCCCUCGGCGCCGCCGACGAGGACUCCUUGCUGACGAAAGACAAGCAGCGCAUCUGGACCCAGGUCUCCCUUACAGAUUGGUCCGGCACCACGUCCGCCAAGCUCACCGAAGACGCCGCGCUCCUCCUCUCCGACACCCCCGACAAGACCGAGCUCAUGGAGGCCGCAGCUGCUGGCGCACUCACUAUCUCCCGGGCUCGACUUCGCGUGCAAGUCGCCGCCCCCGAAGUCGACGACAAGCCCGACUCCGCCGUGAAGGGCCCCAUCGUGUCCAUCGUCGCCGCGCUGCCACGCCCCUUCGACGACCACGUGCCACAGCCAGUCUUGCCCAGCGACGACCGCUUGCUCCCGGCGCUCGUGGCGUGGGCGUCGACCUCGCCAACGGGCAAGAUCUCUGCCCGCUGCCCCGACCACCAGAAAUCGUUCCUCGCCUCAGGCAUCCUCACCCUGGUGCGCAGCGUCCGGGAGCCCGUCACGACGACCAUCGAGGACGGCUUCUGCAUCCAGAAUGCCGUGGUCGACGCGGCAGACACGGGCAACGAGCACCAGGCAUGGGCGGCAACCACCACAGCCCCCAUUGCGAGGCUCACGCGCUACUCUCUGCCCAAGAACGACAUCGCGCUUGUCCACGUCGCCCACGUUGACCCCGCGAAGCGCCAGCUCGCAGUGGCGGACAUGUGGCGUCUGCCAGCGGGCACGACUCCUGAGCAAUGGAACCAGGAGAUGACCAACACGUGGGCGUCACUGCAGACGCCGCCGCCCAACCUGAAACGCAAGGCCACCGAGUUCCAGACAGCGCUGGACACGCUCAUGGGGCCCGCGCACAAGAAGCACCACCCGCGCAUCG